CCACCAGACUCUAUUAUCUCGAUAUCAACACUAGUCUUCUCAAAGAUACCCCUUAACUAUCCCAGGUGAUAAGGAUACAUACUCCACCCCAGAGGCAAAGUCUGACUGUUCGCAUUGCUGUUCGAUCAACGCGCGUCUUGACACGUCAACCGACGAAUGACCUCCGCGACCUCAACUUCAAUACCUCCCGCAUCAAGUAUUCUGCCUGGAGGAUAUCUGCAAUACUUCUGUGCGAGCCAAAGUUGUAUAAGACUCUCCUCAGCCAGCAAGGCUCACGAGAAUUCAAGAUGUCCAUAAACUGGGUAAUGCUCUCGGAUGCACAGAACUUUACACCUCUACCAAACGAAGAAACACUCUACAAGUCUCCACCGCGGACAACCCUCUCUCUACAAACGUUGAACAAGUACCCUGGCAGGGAGCCAUUUCACGUCACAAGCUCCAGCGGUACGAUACAUCUCACAAAUCGACGUGUCGUGUAUCUUCCCCAGACCCCCUCACCUACCCUUCAGUCCUUCGCCGCGCCCAUCCUCAAUCUACAUGACACACACGUUGACUCGCCUUGGUUUGGUCCCAACACUUGGACAGCACUCGUACAGCCGGUCGCUGGUGGCAACAUACCACCUCAACACGCUGCACUCGAGUUAAAAAUAACUUUCAAAGAAGGCGGCGCAUUUGACUUCAGCGCACGGUUUGAAAGAGUCAAGGAGCGCCUACAACAAGCCGUGGAAGUGGCGCGUGAGUCCGGACACGCAGCAGGAGACGGCUCUGAGACUGGAAGAGGACUUGGUGGUGGUGCUUUGGCAGGGGUGAAUCUUGAUGCUGUGCAUCUAGAUGAGCUGCCAGCUUACGAGCCAGGGAGUGGUGUACCUGUACCUCCAGAACAGGUUGUAGAGCAACAAGAAGCCAUGAGACGAGACAGCGAGAUACUAUCCGGGUCGACAGGUCCUAAUUCUCCUAGAGUUCCCGCGGCACCGUUCACACCUCCUGCGGAACCACCACCCGGGUACGAGGAGGCACAGAUGGACAGCGUUGCGGACGAGCUAGAGCGAAGACUGCGGAGGGAUGGAUAAUAUAGCACUGAUGGUGCUACUUCUUGCGUUCGAGAACAUGAUAUCAGGGAUAUGGGCAUAUACAAGGCGUCAAAGGCUACUCAGGAGGAUACCACCAACACCUUUCAGUAUUUUGAGACGAUUCGAGCGUGUAUUCUACUAUACGACCAGAUGCCCCAGGCAUCAUUGCAUGAAAAUGAAAAGUCUCGAACAUGUGAAGAUCUGCGGGGUCUGAAUUGCAUGUGAAGAUACGUCACGCGAGUUCCCGCGCUACCCCGGCCACUAGACGGAUUAGGAAGAUGCCUCGGUCCCUCGUUGUCAUCAUUGUCUAUGCUUAAGAAGCCGAGUUAACAUAUUUCUCUCUCGGACCUCACUUCUAGCCUCCUUCG